CACCUCUCCAGUCCUGUAGGCGCACCACACUGCUGGCCGAUCGGUGAUUACUUGACUGGGGGGCCAGAAGCAGAACCAAUUGCGCCACCGCUGUCAAGCAAGUGACUGGAGGAUCGGCAGGAAGCCUGGCAGGGAUGGCGGCGCCCACAGUGCGCAAGGGAGAGAGUUACAGGGAGAGCGCCAAGAAAAAGGAUGUGCGGCUGAUGAACAUUGAGGCCGCCAAGGCGGUGGCUGACGCCAUCCGCACCAGCCUGGGCCCGCGGGGCAUGGACAAAAUGGUGGCACAGGCCGACGGCGAGGUAAUCAUCACAAACGACGGCGCCACCAUCCUGAACAAGAUGAAGGUGGAGCAGCCGGCAGCCAAGAUGCUCGUCGACCUGGCCAAGUCACAGGACGUGGUGGCGGGCGACGGCACCACCUCUGUGACCGUGCUGUGCGGCGCGCUGCUGAAGAAGAGCCUGGAGAUGCUGGAGAAGGGGGUGCACCCCACCGUCAUCUCAGACGCCUUUGGCAAGGCGGCAGACAAGGCGGUGGAGAUCCUCACCGCCUCCGCCAUCCCCGUCAGCAUCGACGACCGCCAGCAGCUAAUCAAGGCGGCCAACACCUCGCUGUCCAGCAAGAUUGUGGGGCAGAACAGCGGGCUGCUGUCGCCCAUGGCUGUGGACUGCCUGCUGAAGAUCCUCGACCCGCAGCGACCAGACCUACUGGACUUGCAGGAUGUCAAGGUGGUCAGCAAGUCGGGCGCCACCAUCGACGACAGCGAGAUGGUGGAGGGGCUGGUGCUGGACCACAAAGCAGCGCGCGGCGCGGGCGGGCCCACGCGGGUAGAGAACGCCAAGGUGGCGCUCAUCCAGUUCCAGCAGGUGUCGCCCCCCAAGACAGACAUAGAGAACAAUGUGAUCAUCAGUGACUACGCCCAGAUGGACCGCAUACUCAAGGAGGAGCGCAACUACAUCCUGCAGAUGGUGAAGAAGAUCCGGGCCAGCGGCGCCAACGUGCUGCUCAUCCAGAAGUCCAUCCUGCGCGACGCCGUCACCGACCUCUCCCUGCACUACCUGGCCAAGGCCAAGAUCCUGGUGGUGAAGGAUGUGGAGCGGGAGGACAUUGAAGGGCGCGUACUCUCUGACCCCACGCUGCACUGCCUGCCCAUCGCACACGUGGACCACAUGCGGCCGGAGAAGCUGGGCCACGCCGCGCUGGUGGAGGAGGUCGACCUGGGCAAGGGCGGCAAGGUGGUGAAGAUCACGGGCAUCGAGAACCGGGGGCGUACCGCCACCGUACUGCUGCGCGGCUCCAACAAGCUCGCGCUCGGGGAGGCCGACCGCAGCCUGCACGACGCGCUGUGCGUGGUGCGGUGCCUGGUGCAGAAGCAGUACCUCAUCGCGGGCGGCGGCAGCCCCGAGAUGGAGCUGUCCUACCAGCUCAGCCAGUGGGCCAAGACGCUGCUGGGCAUGGAGUCGUACUGCGUGCGCGCCUUUGCCGAGGCCCUGGAGAUCAUCCCCUACACCCUGGCUGAGAACGCGGGCAUGCACCCCAUUGAGAUAGUAACAGAGCUGCGCAACCACCACGCGAGCGGACGGCGGCACCACGGCAUCAACGUGCGCAAGGGCACCACCAGUGACAUGCUGGAGGAGAGUGUGGUGCAGCCGCUGCUGGUGACCACGUCGGCGGUCAGCCUGGCCACCGAGGCGGCGCGCCUCAUCCUGAAGAUAGAUGACAUCGUGCCCACCCGGUAGCAGCAGCUGUUCCACGCUGUGCAUCGCGGCAGCCUCCACCCUCCCUUCGCACCGGCUGCUCUAAUGUAACCGCCCGGACACUGUACACAGCAGCAACGUGUAUUCCGCAACUGGUAAAGCAAGCAGCUGCC